AUGAUGACACCCCGACGUGAUACUUCUGUGAGCUCAUUUCACGAUUAUUCCUCCGACGAGCNCGACGAGCAUUCGGUUGCUGCCACCUCCUCUCCUCCAUUUGUGUCUUCCAACUCUCAGUUUUUGAAGCAGUCUUCUCCCUCCAAUCAAGCCUCGUCCUUAUCGUCCCUGGAUGAGAGCUCCGACGGAUCUCCAUCUGCGUAUGGUUGUCAUACUCCCCCCAAAUCUGUUGCUGUCGAACGGGAAGUGGUUCGACGACGUGGACGUCCACCUCGAUCCGUUGCAGUGGCUCCUACAAUCCCCAGUCGUCGAGGUCGGCCCCGAAAAACAGAUACAUACGAGCAGACACAUCAGGGUGUUUCUUUCAAACGUCGGGGAUCUGAUCGCAGAGAUUACCAAAGUGCAUAUGAAUUGAUUCGUCGUCAAUCCCUGUCGGACCACUCAUCAGUAAGUUUAAUUUUUUGGUAA